AGAAGGAUUUGAUCGAAAAGCGAGUUGAUCCAAUGUGUUCGGCUAUCGUAACACAAAUUCAAAACGACGCAAAUGGUCAAGCAUUGUUCAGAUUAGGCGACCGUAUGGCAGUAAUAGUGAGCAAAAAUCAAUCAUCAGUCAAUAAGGUCAGCUUCAUUGAGCUAUUCAACAACAAAGGCAUGAUAGCAACCGAAGCUAGCGGUCCCUGGUAUUUUGACAGCGAUGGAUCGGCCUAUAUAACCUUCGUGUUGACAGUACCAGAGGGAAAUACGAGCGCAAAGUAUGGACGUGGUGGCGAUGAUUACAAAUAUAAGUUACGUGCUUGGACAAGCACUCCUGACGGACCACAUUGUACUAGUUUUAGUUUGAUGGUUUCUUGGGCUAAUGCUUUGCCAGUUGCUGAAGAAUCCACAUCCACAUAUGAUCCAAAAUGCAGUGCCAUAAAAAUCUUAUACCCAAACGCAACCCUCGGAAAACUCUCCCUCGUAAAAAACUCGCAAGUAACUGUUCGCGUCACAAAAGGCGAUUCAAAAGCCACAUACUUGAUCUCGAUUGACUUAUACACGUCGAAAGGCGCGGCUGCGUUUUUGUGGCAAGCCCCUGCAGACCAAAAGUUACUUUUUGGGGAUGAUGGGACUGCAGAGAAAGAAGUGACGCUCACCGUUCCCGAUAAUCCAGACUUCAAGUUGGGAAAUGAUGCUGACUCGACAGAAUUCUUCUUUAGAAUUUGGACUGGUACGGAAGAGGGUCCCCAUUGUACUACUAUGAGUGAUGCAUUUAACAUUAUCAAUUCUUAA